GUUCAACCAGAAAUGAACACGUUGAGUUAUAUAUAUAUAGUGAUUUAAAUCUCAAAAUAUAGUAUCAAGAGCGAACUACCACAUUUCUAGUUCUAACUCUUGCAAUCAAAUAUAUAUAGGAAUGGAUAUUUGUCGUUAUAUUGUUGUAUUUAUCCUCGUUGUAACGAAAUCUUUGGCUGACGAAGGUCAUGACCAACAUAGCAGGCUACGAGAUUCAAAACAUGUCCAUGACAAAGAGUAAGUAGCCAUGUACACAGGAAUAAAAAAUAUUCGAGGUGAUGUUCACAGUCUUGUUCACACUUUGUCCUUGAUGGGUAAAAUCAUUUGGUGUUUAUCGACAGAAAUUUUAAUAGAUUGUUAAAUGGGCCUUUACAUUACAUGUAAAGGCCCAUAUAGACAGUACGACCAUGCAUGUAGUCCUCGUAUAUGAUUAUCAUUCUGGCAUACGAGAACUGUUCAUCAGUUUAUGGUGAAAUUUUGACAUCACAGAAUAGAGACCUUACAGAAGGCCAACACAGCCGAAAAGCUUAAUUGCCGCCAUGCCAUGAUCACUGAGGUCAUGAUACGCAAUGAUUUGUCAUCAACAUGCACUUGCCAUGUUUCUAGCCAGUGAAUUUAUGAGAGGCAUUCACCCCCCUGAAUGUCCACAAUUUUGAAUAUUCUCAGGGGGGUGAAUGCCCCUCUAACCACACUGUCUAGGAACAUGGCAACAGCGCUGCAAUGGUUACACCAAAAUCAUAGGCAAAACCAACAUGAUGUCUUUACAUGCAUUUAUUUGAGUAUAUAGACCAGGAUAAGAAUUGUAUAUGGCUAGUCAUAUGUAGAUGGACCAUUAGAGCACAUUGUGGCUUAAUGGGGUCAGCCUACAAUUCAUCCUACUUUAGUAGUGAAACAACAGUCAUUAGACCAACCAAAAUAUAAGUUUGAAUAAAUUAAUUUGGUUAAACUUUUAAUCUCGAUUUAUUCUCUCUAGUCAUAUCAAAGAACAUUUGAAAGAUGUUACGGAUGUCAAAGAAGAACCAAUGAGCGAUGAAGAUCUUCAAUUUCAUUAUUUCAAAUUACACGACUACGACAACAACAACAGAUUGGACGGCAUUGAACUAGGAAAUGCCAUGACACAUUUUCAUGAAGAAGAUGACAAACAAGACACAACUACAUACUCAGACGAACAAUUAGCAGGCAUGAUUGAUCAAAUUUUGGAAGAGGAUGACACAAAUAAGGACGGAUAUAUAGAUUAUACAGAAUUUGUUGGUGCACAAAAGAGAGUCGAUGAAAGUGCAGAGAAAACUACUGAACAAUAAAAUUAUCAUCUACGACAACUUUUAUAAUUAUUGAUAGAAUUAGAUAUAUAUCAUACAAAAAAAAUUGUUAUCAAUAUGCUUUAUAGUUCGUUUUCUAUACACUAGUACGUAUGCCUCAUUCAAACAAUCAAACAGCAAUCAUUUCACGGUUAUGCUUAAUGCAAAUACUGUAAGCUCAAAAAAAGCAUUCAAGUUUGGGAUGUGAUAAGUGUGGUGUUUCAACUAGGCCCCAUAAAGAUAUAAGCUAAGCUGAAAUUAUGCACAGAAAAAUCCUUACUUCAGGGGCAUAAGAUUUCUCAAGGGAAACAAAUAUCCCCCACCUACUGGCACUCAUUUACCCAUCAGAUCCUCCUACUAUUCGGUUUACUCCAUAAAUUUAAAAAUUAGCAGUCUAUGAAUCUAUGACGAUGUUCACACACUAGUCUGGAUGGAUUUUGGGCUUCUACUCAAACUUGCAUGAUUCCAACUGUUUACACAGUUACAAAUCUGUGAUUAUUCUGACGUACGUGUAAGUACAGUUAUUGAGUACCUACCUAGUUUUGAAAGUGUUUUAAAAAAAUCGAUUCACACUUUUUUCGUGUUUUUUUCUCCCGUUUUUCAGUUUUUGAUACGAGAAUCCUAGUUGUAAUCAACCAAUCACAGAACUUGACCAGAUAAUUAAUGGUGAUCGACAACCUGCCAACAGCCACCCAACACCCACAAGUUUGAGCGAUUGCCUACAAAUAGGACCUUCACUCCUCACCGAAAUAUGUGUUUCAUCAUUCCGUUCAAGUUUUAGUACGGUUUUGAGAUCAGUCACCUAUGCAAACAUAGUCUGGGUAUAUGCAUUGGGUUAUAUGCCCACCUGAUGUUUGUGAACUGAAUUAAGCAUGUAGAGUAUGAUACCGUGCAGUCACAUGUCUCAUGUCACGUCUCAUGUUGUCUUUGAUGUUAAAGAUUCUUUUGUGAUGACUAUUCCUUUCUCAUACAACAUAGUCAGCAGAUCAAUCUGAA